AUGAAACUCCUCAUUCUCUGUGCCUGGCUCUUUCUCGUGCCUGAAAUACAAAGUAUUGAAAUAAUUGCAGGUGACUUUUCGGAUGUGUCUCCCGUAGGAACUCCUGGAUCUGACAAGAUUGUGGAUGGUCCUUCUGUAAAUAUAAACAGAUAUGAAAGACGCCAAAAGAGAAGUGAUGACAACAGCAAAGAGGAGGAUGAGAUUGAACUAGCUCCUUGAGAUGGUUUUCCCUUCAAUAAGGAUAAUUGAUUGAAGAACAGGAGAGCUCUGCCAGGAGCCUCUGGGAAAGUCAGAGAUCACAUUGAUGAACACAUCACCAUUCACAGCUAUAAAGUUAAAUCCAUUAUCACCUCACGCUUUGCUGAAACAGUCUUCAGCACCAAGGUAGUGAAUAAGGAUUCGAGUCCACAGAAUGUGGUGUUCAACGUAGAGAUUCCCACGGGAGCCUACAUCUCAAAUUUCACAAUGACGGUGAAUGAUAUAACAUUUGUUGGAUCCGUGCAUGAGACAAGUGUGGCCAGAAAACUUUAUGCAGAAGCAUUGGCCCAAGGAAAGGCUGCUGGGAUUCUUAGGACGUCAGCUCAUGAGAUGGAAAGCUUUAAGGCUGAAGUAAAUGUUCCUGGUGGGAGCAAAGUCAGCUUUGAACUUUACUGCCAAGAACUGUUACAACGACGACUGGGGUUUUAUGAGCAGACUAUCAUACUUCGGCCAGGAAGCUUAGUAAAGCAGCUCCAGGUGGAUGUCUAUAUAUUUGAGCCACAAGGAAUCAGCCGUAUUGAAGCACCGAACAUGUUUGGAACACAGUUUGAUGGGGUCAUCCGCAUAACUAAAGGAGAGAACAAGGCUCAUGUUUCCUUCAAGCCAACCUUGGACCAACAGCGGAAAUGCCCAAAUUGUACAGAUACGGCCAUUGAUGGACGUAUUGUUGUGAGAUAUGAUGUGAAACGGGAGCUCAAUGGUGGAAACCUUCAGGUAUCCAAUGGUUACUUUGCUCACUUUUUUGCUCCUGAUAAUCUUCCACCACUUCCUAAAAACAUCAUCUUUGUCAUUGAUGUCAGUGGCUCAAUGUGGGGAAUUAAAAUGAAGCAGACUGUUGAAGCCAUGGCAACGAUCCUGUCUGAUCUCCGCCCAGAGGACCAGUUCACAAUUAUUGAUUUCAACCACAACAUUCGUUUCUGGAAUCAACAUCUGGUUCCAGCCACUCCCAACCAGAUUGAGGAUGCCAAAAAAUAUAUUGAGAAAAUCCAGCCGAGUGGUGGAACAAACAUCAAUGAAGCAAUCCUGUCAGCCAUUUAUAUAUUAACGGAAGCCAAUAAUUUGGGUCUGCUGGAUCCACGAUCUGUAUCGUUCAUUAUUAUGGUUUCAGAUGGAGACCCCACAGUAGGUGAAAUUAAACUGAGCAACAUCCAGAGAAAUGUCAGAAGAAAAAUGCAGGAAGAUAUCUCUCUUUUCUGCCUCGGAAUUGGUUUUGAUGUGGACUACGACUUUCUAGAAAGGAUAGCUCUUGAAAACCGAGGAGUUGCUCGGCGUAUUAUUGCGAAUGUCAAUGCAUCCAGUCAGCUGAAGGAUUUCUAUGAAGAAGUGGCCACUCCGUUGCUGAGAAAGAUUGACAUACACUACGGUGAAGAUGUGACAGAUGUGACACAAAGUAGUUUCGACAAGUAUUUCAGCGGUUCUGAGAUAAUUGUAGCAGGAAAACUGGCAGAGAAAAAACCUUCACCGCUCCAAUGCCUGGUGACUGCGUCCUCAGCAAAUGAUGAUCUAAUGUUUCAAGUAGACUCUCCAACAGAUGAACUCGACAAGAUUCUGGCUAAGCAGAAAUAUGUACUUCCAGAGUUUGCAAAGCAGCUAUGGGCCUAUCUUACUAUUAACCAGUUGUUAUCUGAGAGAGUGCUUGCCCAGUCAGCUUUGCAGAAGAGGAAUAUCACAAGCAGAAUUUUAGCUAUUGCCCUGGUUCACCAACUUAUAACACCUGUGACUGCCAUGAUGGUAGAGAAUGACGAAACUGGCCAGAGGCUGUUGGCAGAUUCUCCUAAAAGCACCAGAAAUGGAUGCUGUACAGGAACUCCUGUUAUUGGGAAGAAGACACCUGAUAUUCCAACUUGGGCUAAAAAGAAAUAUUCCACCCCCCAACCUCCUCAGCAACUUAUUCGUCCUGAAGUGGACUCAAAAGUAGGAAUGAAUGUUCCUGUCACAUCAGUUGAAAAUGAUCCACAUUUCAUCAUUCAUCUGCCCAAGAGCAAACAAGACAUUUGCUUCAAUGUUAAUCCACAACCUGGAAAAAUCCUGAAUCUGGUGUCAGAUCCAAUCAAAGGUAUUGCAAUCAAUGGCAAAAUUAUUGGUGGCAAGCAAACCAAAAAUGGGAAGCUGAACACCUAUUUUGGCACAAUUGGACUUCAUUUUACCAAUCUGAACUUGAGCUUUGAGAUCAACACAGAGAAGAUUCGUUUGAAAGAUGGGCAACAUAAAACUCUCCUUUGGUGGUCAGAAUCAAGCAUUCUGACUCAUGCUGGUGUUGUUGUAUCAGUGCAAAGAAAUACUAAUGUCACCAUUACUAUGGGAGAAGAUAUGGUCUUCCUGAUCUUAUUGCAUCGUGUCUGGAAAAACCAUCCAACCAAUGUAGAUUUCCUGGGAGUUUACGCUCCUCCUACAAACAACUUCUCAACAAGUGUCCAUGGAUUAAUUGGUCAGUUCAUCCAUGAGCCUGAAGUGAACGUGUAUGAUAUCCACCAGGGCUCAGAUCCUGAUAAACCACAAGCAACCAUGGAAGUGAAAGGACACAGAAUUACGGUAACCAGGGGUUUACAGAAAGACUAUAGAAUGGGUACAGUAAAUGGAACAGAUGUCCAAUGCUGGUUCAUCCACAAUAGCGGGAAAGGCUUUAUCGAUGGACAUUUCAAAGAUUAUCUUGUUCCACACCUUUACAGCUUCCUGAAUCAUCCGUGAGCUUUCUGAAACUGCAAAGGCUAGAAAGAUAGAAGGUAGAGAGUAUCUGCAGCAUAGAAAAAAAUAAUUAAAAACCG